AUGUGGAGGAGCGCGUGGGUGAUCCUAUGCGCGUGCGCGGUGCUGGCGGCGGGUGACGGGCAGCGCCCGUGCAACUGCUCGGGCCUCAUCCGCCGCAAGGCCGACUGCUCCCAGCGCGGGCGCUCCACCUUCGACAAGAGCGACCUGUGCGCGGGGCUCACCACCACGGUGGACCUGUCGCGCAACGCCUUCAGCGCCUUCCCGCCCGCCCUCGGCGCCCACGUCAUCCACGUCAACGUCUCGCACAACCGGCUGACGGCGCUGCCGCGCGCGCCGCCGCUCAACGCCAAAACGCACUCGCUCGACGUCUCCUCCAACCGCAUCGCGGCGGCCGGCGACGAGCUGCGCGACCUGUCCGCGCUGCACGUGCUCGCCGUCGGAGGCAACCGCCUCGCCUCGCUGCGGUUCCUGCCCAGCCCGUGCGCGCUGCGGCGACUCAGCGCGCCGGGCAACCUCCUGCACGAAGUGCCCGUCGACCUGGACCGCUGCAAGCAGCUGCGCGCCUUGGACCUGUCCGACAACCCCAUCGGCGUGCUGACGCAAGGCUCCUUCGUGGCGCUGGCCAACCUCGAGCACGUGCACCUGGCGCGCGCUCGCUUGCAGCAGCUGGAAACCGGCUGCUUCGACGGGCCGGAGAAGCUCAAGCACCUGGACCUGGCGCACAACAGGCUGUCCACGCUGCCCCCGGCGUUGUUCGCGCCUCUAACGAACCUCACGCGGCUCGACCUCGACAACAACACCUUAACUUCCCUUUCGAAGGACGCCUUUAUCGGGCUGUCCAACCUACAGAUACUCAGACUAGUUAAUAACCACAUAACCCAACUCGCUAGGGACGUAUUUUCGCCUCUGAAGAACCUGGAAUACCUUCGGCUUGACGGAAACCGCCUGAAGACUCUGCCGGCCGAUGUGUUUGCCGGCAUGGCUGAGCUCCGCAGCGUCGGGUUGAGCCACAAUCGCUUGGCGGCGCUUCCCGCGCGUGCGUUCGCUAACCUUCCGCGCCUGCGCUACGUGGACGUGUCCGCCAACGGCCUGACGGAGCUGCCGUCGGACAUGCUGUCGGGCGUGGAGCACCUGCACGCGCUCGACCUGCACGGCAACCACCUGCGGGCGCUGCCGCGCGGGCUGUUCGGUGGCGUGCGCUCCGUCGUCGCGCUCAACCUGUCGCACAACAGCCUGUGGAACUUGGACGGGCGCGCGCUGGAGGGGCUGGGGCGCGUGGAGCGGCUGGACGUGCAGAACAACGUGCUGCGCGCGCUGCCCGAGUACGAGCCUUCCGUGUGGCCCGGCGUGGGGCGCGCCUUCCUGGGCGGCAACCUCAUCGACGCGGUGACGGAGGCGCAGCUGCGCUCGUGGCUUGGGCAGCGGCCACCGCCGGCGCGUGCUGGCCCUGGCGCGCGGCCCCCGCCUGCGCGCGCCUCAGCCGCUCUGCGCUGGGCGCUCGAGACCCCAAGGUGCUAG